AUGGACUGGUCAGGUGGAGCUCAGCGGCUCACCGCGUCCAUUUUAGAUGAGGAAUUGGGCUCUCAGUGGCGAGAGUCGCCAACCACUUUGGAUUUUUCAGGAAAAGCAUUUUCGCUUACGAGUCUCAUUGAUCUGACCAGUGCUGUUCUCGGAAAUCCUAAUGAAAUCAGUGAACAUUUAAAGACCGAGAAUCUUCAAGAACUGAAUGUUGCUCGAAAUCGUAUUGAAGACGUCGGCGAUACAUUCACUCGGGGUGUCGCCCAGAUCGCUUUUCCCCGUUUGGGUUCCCUGAACCUUUCCGGAAAUAUGUUGACGUCUGUCGCUGUGGAGAUCCCUGGGCUAUAUUCACUGGACGUUUCGCAUAACCAUCUGUCUCGUGUUCCUAGUCUUGAUGGACUACCGAGUCUUCGAACGCUCCGCUUGAAAGCGAAUCACAUCGACAGUUUCCAUCCGGGCGACAUGUCGUCGAUUCCCCAUGCGGCUUUGACCCAGCUGGAUUUGAGUCGGAAUGAGAUCAGCAUACAGCCUUCGGGACUGGUUACCAUAGCGGAAGCACUUCACCGAACGUUUCCUGCUUUGGCGGACCUGCGGUUGGCAAAGAACCCUGUGGUGAAGGGCUUUCCGGAGUAUCAAGCCUUCGUGCUUCGAGCGAUUCCGACGUUGACGGUUUUGGACGAGCUGGAACGUCGUGAUGACACGUGGUACAAGGACGGCGAGAAGUGGGUGGAUAGCGAGGAGAUUGAAGAGUUUGACUUACACGAGGGCGGGUAUUUGCAGGGCGGUUGGAUAUCCUUGUGGGGUGCUGGCUAUUACGAUCAGUAUUAUCAGAAGCGCUUGUUGCAGGGCUACAGCGACGACGUGGCUGAAGAGUCGAUGGUAACGUUGAUGUACGAGGAGUCUCGGGAUUUGUCCGAGUAUUUGCUGCAGUAUUUGAAGGACGUCGGCCUCUCGGUGUCUGACCGGAGUAGUGCGAUGGACCCGUCGGAGUUCACGGGUGACAUGCGGGGUGUGUUGAAGGAGGUGGAGUUGUUUUGUUUGGCUGAGCAGCCGGCGUUGGUCGUCAAGGGUCUCGUGAAGCUGAUGACGGUUCCGGAUUACGCCGCAGACGUCUCGGCGACGUUGCGGGCGCUUUGCGACUUGUCUGUGCAGAGUGCGCGGCUGGUCAGUGCGUCGGUGAGCGAGAUUGCGUUGCCGCUGUUGGACGAGUUGGAGGACCCGAAUUACUUGUUGGAGGCGCUGGUUCCGUUGGCGAGUGAGGACUGGUUGGCUUUCUCGCUGAGUCGCGAGCGCAAGUUCGAGCCGCGAUUGGUGGACGUGUACGACGCGGCGCGUUGCUACAGCGGCGCCUUGGAGUUGGUGAACACGUUCCUGCUGCACCUGCGGAUCAACAGUGUGUGCACGCGGGCGAACGUGCGCAGCGCAGAGCGUUUCUACGGGCUGCGGUUCCACGUGGACUUCCUCUUUCCGUGGCUGCGCGAGUCGCUGGCUACGACCGCGACGGGUGACCUGGGUCCGUGUCGCGCGCAGUUCCUCGCGGACGUGAUCCGGAGUGCGGUUAGUUUGUCGGUCAAGUCGUCGGGUGCGCGGGAAGAGUUGUUGCGCAGUCUGCGCCUGGAGGACGUGUUGCUGCGGAUUGUGCACGAAGACGUGCCGAACGUGCGUUGUCUGACGGCGGCGUUGGAGGGGUUGGCUGACUACCUCGCGCCGCUUAUGGACAGCGAGGCGGCGGAGGCGCGCGAGACGGUGAACUAUGUCUUGGCCAAGUUGUUUCUGGACGACGGAUGUGCGCGGCUUCUCGCGCUGCUUUCGGAGGCGAACGUGGCGAACCUGUUGCCCUCCGUGGCGGCGGCCGCGGCGAUGGACGAGGUCUGGCUGACGCGUGCGCCACGGCGGUUGCCGGAUACGCCGGUCGCGCCGGAGUUGGCGCGUUUUGCGACAUUGCGCCCCGCUGACCUGAAGGCGGUCUUCCGGGCGGCGUUGCGGUUGACGCUGACGUGCAUCCGGCGGAGCCAGGCGGUGGAGCACGCGGCGGCGAUGUUUGCUCAGUUCUCUCGUUCGGGCGGGCCGUUGGCGCUGUUGGACACCUGUGCGAUUCCGGAUGCCGGUGUGCGCGAGCACUCGCUGGAGUGUUUGUCGUUGGUCCCACUGGAUGCGUUUGGGCGGCGCGAGUUGGACAAGUUGAUUUCGUUGCACACGCGGUUCGGCGAUGUGGACGGCGAGGACUUGGCUGCGUUGCGGCAUUUGGAGUUUUACUUUGCCGUUUGGAACAAAGUGGUUGACGACGCGCUGGCUCCGGCGCCGCACGAGUGCGGGCGGCUGUGGGUGGCGGGCUACGCGGAGCCGCUGCUAGCGGCGUGUGUGAGUAAGUACCGGUUGUGCAUUGAGAGCCGGGCCGCCCUCGAGUCGGCCGCGCGCGAGUGUCAGCGGUUGCGCGUGUGUGCGAACAUCGCCACGCUCGUGCGGAAGACGGGUUACGUGCCGCGGUUGCGCGGGUUGGUCGCAGCACACGCGCCUGCGUUGGCGGGGUUGUUGCGCGCGGAGGACCACACAAGUCUGUUGGCCCGGCCUACGUUGCUGGAACGUUGCUGGGCGGGCCGCGACCUGGACGUGUUGGCAGAAACGUUGCUCGGAGGGCCGCGUCUCCCGCUAGCGAAGAAAAUGGCCUUCCGCGUCUUGGCGCGGAUGGCGGACGUUGCGCAGGGUGCAAAGGACGAAUUGCUUCCGGACUGUUCGCUGCAGGAGUUGUGUGCAGCGGCUCUGGCGCCGUGGCCUCGUGCGGCGCCAGACGCGGCGCUGUUCCUGGACGGAGAGGAGGCUCGCUUGCGGACGGAGAGUAUGCUACGUUUCGUGGGUCACGGCGGUCUGGCGCGAGUGCACGGGUACGUGGCGCAGUUGGCCACGGCCUUGAGCAGCCAGCAGUUGCGAGAGGAGCGGCGGCUGCAGUUGCACGUGGAGUAUUGGGGCGGGCGUUUGAAGGGUCAGUUAGUGGAUUUGGCGGCGUUGCAGGCGCGGGACGCGGCGGCGUACCGACGCGGGUUGGCGGCGCUGGGCGAGUUUCCCGAAAUUCCGCGCAGUACGGACCCGCUGAGGUUGGUGGAGCAGUUGCCGCGCGAGUCUGUGGCGGCGGAGACGCCGCCGAACGUGUCGCGUCGGCGUUUUGCGGGGAAGUGGGUGGUUUGUCACUGGCUGCAGCGUUUCCAUGCGGCGCGCGCGGCGGGGUUGCGACGGGAGGAGCCGGUGCGGGCGGUGCAACGUGUGAACCCGAGUGUGAUUGCCAACGAGGCGAAAGCGGAGUUGCGGCGGGCGUACGCGGUGCACGAGUUUCUGCGGCUGCUGCAGGGACUGUUGACUUUGGCGCCGGCGCCGGCGGUGGCGCAGGCGGUGC